CUUUAAGCUUAGCCAAACAUGCACUCGGCUGACCGAGGACAAAUAUACAACUCUGUUCUCUCUCCCUCUCUCUCUACAAUUUAUCUUUACCUUUUUCUUCCCAUUCACACGUUGACCACUCCAGGCAUUCGAAUCCAAAUCUAAAAUUGUGUCAAUUUUCUCCUCCUCUAAGCUUUUGAAUCUCCUUUUCUAUCUCUUUUGCAUAUUGUAUCGUAAAUAGUAAUACUAGAUCUCGAAAUUGUUUGAUAUUCAGUUGAACUGAAAAGCACCGAAACACAAAAAGAUGGCAGGACGUUACGAUCGCAACCCUUUCGAUGAAGAAGAUGAAGUUAAUCCAUUUGCUGAAGCAGGGGCUAAGGGGAAGGCAUCAGGGCAAUCAAGGUUUGGUGGAGGUUCCUUUUUUACGUCGAAUACUGGGAGUGUUCCUCCUGCCACAAACUCAAGGCUUUCGCCUCUUCCUCCAGAACCUGCUGAUUUCUACAAUCCUACUGCCUCAGUUGAUAUUCCUCUUGAUAGCGCUGUGGAUUUAAAAAAGAAAGAGAGAGAGCUGCAGGCAAAGGAAGCUGAAUUGAGAAAGAGAGAACAGGUUGUUCAUUUUUUGGAAGGUGUACUCUUUUACUCGAACACUGGUAAUUGCCACUUUACGAACAAGCAUCCUUUGUAUCUGAAAAAUACAUUUAAAACUCUGAGGGGUAGCUCAGUGGUCAAGCUUUGGGUUUGCUCCCCAAUGGUCACCAGUUCAAAUCCCAUUAGAGCCAUUGAGUUACAGCUUCACAUUGCCUUCUGUGUAUUUUCUGCGGUUGCUCCUCCUGUGGUGUUCAGAGGAAAAUCUCUGACGGGUAUACUUCCUGCCGUAGAUCUCAUUGGCAAGCAAGUACUAGUCGGGGUUUUCUAUUUCAUUGGCUUUGGACUCUUCUGCCUUGAGUCGGUGCUGAGCUUCUGGGUUAUUCAGCAAGUUUACAUGUACUUCCGAGGCAGUGGCAAAGCUGCAGAGAUGAAGAGGGAGGCUGCUAGAGGAGCGAUGAGAGCAGCAAUUUAAUGUCGUUCAUACAGAACUUAAUAAUGAGUAACAUGUCACGGAUAUGAGUCACCAUUCCCAUUCCAGGCACAUCACUGAGUGGUGAAGAUAGAAAAACUGGUUGAUUGCAUGUUAAAUCCUCGUUCAGAUCUAGAGCUUUCAUGUUUAUAUUGUUUAUCAGAGAAGACUCUGUGCAAAGGGGUUAGAAACAAGAUUGGCAGUUUAGUUACUGUAUUUUGGAACGAUAUAGCUUUUUGGGUAUAUAAAUCAAUUGUUUGACAUUUGCUUUCAUCUGUGACCCAUUUGGUUUACUUGGAGGCUUCAGAAAUUUUGCUUUU